UUUUGCUCUAUGCCUUCUGUGUUUUGUUUGCAGUCUUGUAUUACUUCAUCAUGGUAAGCCUUUAUCCAAUCGGGGGAGAACUCAUGGGAAAGAAGAGUAUCCGGGCCAUAGGGAUACAGGAAGGAGUUUGCAUGAUUUCACUGAAAAAGAUAAUCUAAAUUUAUUCUAGAAUACACUGCUGAUACUCCAAUGGUGCAGGGUAUGCAUCACGAUAGCUGCUCGUUCUUCAGUCUUUGAUACUAAGGCUAUCAAUCGGAGGGAGCAUGCUCCCGGUGAGAAAAAAGAGAGCAAGAAAACUGGACGCAGAUACCGUCAUCGCGAUCAAAUACGUUUGCCAUUGGUAGCACGGAAACCAGGCAACGCUAACGAUUCAAGCUCAGGUAGCAGCGGAUCAAGCCAUCAGCAUCUUAUGGUGGAUAAUGUCGUUUCCGAGACAGAUGAACAGGAGACUAUAAUUAGUCAAAACCCUUUACCUACUCAUAGUGAAAUUGUUCCUCGUUCCUUCUCAAAUAGAGAUGCAAGAGAUAGCGAGAACGAUAAGGCAUCUUCUCCAAGAAUUAUGGUUUCUCCUAUGUUGCUCUUACUCGAUCAGUCUCAAUUAGAGCAGGAGGAUUUUCCACUAUUUAGUGACCAUGACAGCGGCGCUGAUUCCAAUCUUGAAUCACCUUUCAUGCCUGAAUUUGAAUUACCUAAAAAGAUAAACUACUAUUCGCCUUUCGUUACGGGUUUCGACUUUGGUACUGUUCCUGCCUAUGAUACCAUGAAAAGUAAAGCAAUAUCUAGUCUCUCAAGCAAGAUAGAUCAUGAUCUGGUUUUACGAAUGGCUGGUUGGAAAGAUAAAGCUCCAUUGAGUGAAGCUUUCUCCGUUUCGACAGAAGAAGUUGACAUGGUGCAUGAAACUUCUAUCUUGAACUUCAUGAACCAGGUUGACGCUGAAGAUGCGGCUUUCUUUUCCAAGCAUCUUGAAGUCAAGUACAAGCAAUAGGGGACCUUUUACGUG